AUGGAAAUAAAACAGAAGAGAAGCAUGAGGCAACACUGUGCUCUGAAACAUGGAAUAUUUAAGGAAUUCCUGGCAGAAUUCCUCGGGACCUUUGUCUUGGUUUUGUUCGGCUGUGGUUCGGUCGCUCAAACUGUCCUCAGUCGAAACUCCUUGGGUGAGCCGCUCACCAUCCACAUCGGCUUCUCUGUAGGACUGAUGAUGGCAGUGUAUGUGGCGGGUGGAGUCUCAGGGGGCCAUGUGAACCCUGCUGUGUCUCUGGCCAUGGUGGUUCUGGGCAAACUGAAGAUUUGGAAAUUUCCUUUCUAUGUCAUCGCUCAGUUUCUUGGUGCUUUUACCGGAGCUGCUGCUGUUUUUGGAUUAUACUACGAUGCUUUCAUGGACUUCACCAGUGGCAUUCUGUCGGUGACUGGAAUUAAUGCAACAGGUCACAUUUUUGCUUCCUACCCUGCGAGACACCUGUCAGUUUUCGGCGGCUUCGUUGAUCAGGUGGUGGGGACAGGUAUGCUGGUGUUGUGUAUCCUGGCUAUCAUCGACGGAGGAAACAUUGGAGCUCCUAAAGGCGUGGAGCCGCUUGCCAUUGGCCUGAUCAUCAUGGCCAUCAGUGUAUCCAUGGGGCUGAACUGUGGUUAUCCGCUGAACCCUGCCAGAGACCUGGGACCCCGACUGUUCACGGCUGUGGCAGGAUGGGGGAUGGAGGUCUUCAGUACUGCGGAUUACUGGUGGUGGAUCCCCGUGGCGGGGCCCAUGGUGGGGGGCCUGAUUGCUGCCGCCAUCUACUACUUGCUCAUCGAGCUGCACCACCACCGUGACGAGCCCGAAAAGCCCCCUGAGGAAGAGGAGGAGGAGGAGGAGGAAGACGAGGAGGAUGACGACAGCAGUCUGAAGGACAAAUACGAGAUGAUCACCAUGAGCUAA